AAAUUGAAUGAAAAAGGCUUGUUCAGGUGACUCAGAGUUAGAAUAGACGAGCGUGCAACUCUGACACUAGAAAAUAACACAAAAGAGGAAAAUUCUAACAAAUUAAAGCUCUAAAACAGAACUGGGAUGGAGAGUUUGAUGAACAUGGCUCGCAUCAGGCGCUACUCGGAUGUGAUGACAAUGCCGGACUCUUUCAUUCAGCGCCAGCAGCUCGAUGCCAGCAUGGCUGACACUUUCCUGGAGCAUCUCUGUCUGCUGGACAUCGACCAAGAGCCAAUCACGGCGCGCAACACCAGCAUAAUCUGCACCAUUGCUGUCUGACCCAGGACAUACAGAAUCAACUCAGAUCACAGGGAUUAAGGUCCUGCAUCUCAAUCAAUCCCCAAGCUCCAGGAGAUGGUGAAGGCCGGCAUGAACAUCGCUCGCCUAAACUUCUCUCAUGGUUCUCAUGAAUACCACAGUGAGACCAUCAAAAACAUCAGAGAGGCAGUGGAGACCAUAACCUCUGACCCCUUGUAUUAUCGACCAGUGGCCAUCGCUUUGGACACGAAGGGUCCGGAGAUCCGCACCGGAUUAGUGAAAGGGAAAGUGGAAGGGGAGGUGGAGCUGGUGAAAGGCAGCCAUGUGCGAGUGGUGACAGCAGAAAGCGACAAAGACAAGACAGACGGGAAGAUCAUCUGGGUGGACUAUCCCAGCUUGCCUAAAGUCCUGGAGAAGGGAAGAAAAAUCUACAUUGAUGAUGGCCUCCUCGCUCUCAAAGUGUUAGAAAUAGGCUCAGACUGGGUGGAUGUUGUGGUGGAGGCAGGAGGGAUGCUCUGCAGCUGUAAAGGCGUGAACCUUCCUGGGUGCAACCUGAUCGGGAUGCAGGCAGUCAGCGUUCAGGACGAGGCCGACCUAAGGUUCGGGGUGUCUCACGGCGUGGACAUGGUGUUUGCCAGCUUCAUCCGUUCAGCUCAGGACGUAAAGGAUGUACGACGAGCUUUGGGUGCCCACGGGCGACACAUCAAAGUGAUCAGCAAGGUGGAGAGCCGGCAAGGGGUUCAGCAUUUUGAGGAGAUCCUUGCUGAGAGUGAUGGCGUGAUGGUUGCCAGGGGCGACUUGGGCAUCGAGAUUCCCGCUGAGAAAGUCUUUGUUGCCCAGAAAAUGAUGAUUGGGCGCUGCAACUCAGCUGGAAAGCCCGUCAUCUGUGCCACGCAGAUGCUGGAGAGCAUGGUGUCCCACCCACGUCCAACCAGAGCGGAGAGCAGCGACGUAGCCAACGCCGUGCUGGAUGGAGCAGACUGUGUCAUGUUGUCAGGGGAGACUGCCAAGGGACGGUUUCCUGUGGAGUCAGUUGCGAUGAUGCACUUGAUCUGCAGGGAAGCAGAAGCAGCCAUUUUCCACCAGCAGCUGUUUGAAGAGUUGCGCCGCCUCACUCCGCUGUCCUCCGACCCCACCGAGGUCACCGCGAUCGGGGCUGUUGAGUCCUCCUUCAAAUGCUGUGCUGGGGCCAUCAUAGUCCUCACCAACAGUGGCAGGUCAGCACAUCUUCUGUCCCGGUACCGCCCUCGCUGUCCAAUCAUCGCCGUGACCAGAAGCCCUCAGGUCGCCCGUCAGUCCCAGCUGCUGAGAGGUGUUUUUCCCGCUCUCUUCCACCCACUUCCUGCUCCUGUCUGGGCUGAUGAUGUGGACGGUAGAGUAAACUUUGGCAUGGAAAUAGGGAAAGCCAGAGGAUUCUUCAAGUCAGGCGACAUGGUGAUUGUGGUGACCGGCUGGAUCCCGGGUUCUGGUCACACUAACAUCAUGAGAGCAGUGAACGCUCCAUAAGAGCUGGAAUCAAGCCUGAUGAAUAGCAACAUGAUGAAACCAUAAGAAGUGACUCAAAAGAUGAACUUGUCAUUAGACAGAAGAGUUAAAGCAGCAGCAUUUGCUGUUUGAAUUCCAGUGACUAGAAAGAAACGCGCUGCUGGAGUCGGUCUUAUCGUUGGAUUCCUGUUUACCAAAAGCAAUGACUCCUUUAAAUAAAACACAAACCUGCUGUGCUUC